AUAGAAAAGACGGCAACUUCAAAGCAACCGGGUUUGACUUAUCUUUUGAUUGUUUCUUAAAAAAUAAGAGAAUAAUAAAAAAAAGAAAAUAACCAACCAUUCAAUUUCUCUCCCAAACUUUCCAUAAACAUUAGAUCCAAAACGGCAAUUCUCUUCUAUAACCUUAUAAUUAUUGGAUUUAACUACACUCUAAAAUUUGAACUGAAAUGGCAUCGUCGGAGCAGUUAAUGAACGGUAGUAAUGGGCCGCGUUAUGUCCAAAUGCAAUCAGAGCCGUCCACGCCUCAACAUAACCAGCAGCAACUGCAACAACAACAUCCAUCGUCGAUGUUGUCGUCGUUUUUCUCUUUUACUCACGGAGUCACGCCUGAGUCGACUCGGAUUUUCGAUGAAUUACCUACGGCCACGAUCGUCUCAGUUUCUAGACCUGAUGCGGGUGAUAUCAGUCCCGUCCUUUUAACUUACACCAUCGAGGUUCAAUACAGACAGUUUAAGUGGCAAUUAUCGAAGAAAGCAGCGCAAGUAUUUUAUUUACAUUUCGCAUUGAAGAGGAGAGCAUUUUUUGAGGAAAUACAUGAGAAGCAAGAGCAGGUUAAAGAAUGGCUUCAAAAUCUAGGAAUAGGAGAUCAUACGCCAGUAGUUCAAGAUGAUGAUGAUGCAGAUGAUGAGACUAUUCUGUUGCAUAACGAAGAAAGUGCAAAAAACAGAAAUGUUCCAUCGAGAGCUGCUUUGCCAGUUAUUCGUCCAGCAUUGGGAAGGCAGCAUUCCAUGUCUGAUAGAGCAAAGGUUGCAAUGCAAGAAUAUUUGAAUCACUUUUUAGGCAAUUUGGAUAUUGUCAACUCCCGAGAGGUUUGCAAAUUUUUGGAGGUCUCUAAAUUGUCAUUUUCUCUGGAAUAUGGCCCUAAGCUGAAAGAAGAUUAUGUUAUGGCAAGGCAUUUACCACCAAUUCCAACAAAUGAUGAUUCUGGGAAAUGUUGUGCUUGUCAUUGGUUUAGUUGCUGUAAUGACAACUGGCAGAAGGUGUGGGCUGUACUAAAACCUGGAUUCUUGGCCUUGCUGGCUGAUCCCUUUGAUGCCAAACCUUUAGAUAUAAUUGUGUUUGAUGUACUACCAGCUUCAGAUGGUAGCGGUGAAGGCAGAAUAUCAUUGGCAAUGGAAACAAAGGAACGCAAUCCUUUGCGUCACGCAUUUAAGGUCACAUGCGGUGUUCGAAGCAUAAAGCUAAGAACGAAGACUGGUGCUAGGGUUAAAGAUUGGGUUGCUGCAAUCAAUGAUGCUGGACUUAGGCCUCCAGAAGGUUGGUGUCAUCCUCAUCGCUUUGGCUCCUUUGCUCCUCCCAGGGGUUUAACUGAAGAUGGUAGUCAGGCUCAAUGGUUCAUAGAUGGUAUGGCCGCUUUUGACGCUAUUGCUUCAUCUAUUGAGGAUGCUAAAUCAGAGAUAUUUAUUUGUGGCUGGUGGCUAUGCCCAGAACUUUAUCUACGGCGUCCUUUUCAUGCACAUGCAUCUUCAAGGCUUGAUGAUUUGCUGGAAGCCAAAGCUAAGCAAGGAGUUCAGAUAUACAUUCUUCUCUAUAAAGAGGUGGCUCUUGCUCUUAAAAUCAACAGUGUAUAUAGCAAGAGAAAGCUUCUUAGCAUACACGAGAAUGUGAGAGUUCUACGUUAUCCUGAUCACUUUUCUAGUGGUGUUUACCUUUGGUCCCACCAUGAAAAACUUGUCAUUGUUGAUUACCAGAUUUGCUUUAUUGGAGGAUUAGACUUGUGCUUUGGCCGUUAUGACACACGUGAACACCGAGUGGGUGAUUGCCCUCCUUUUGUCUGGCCAGGAAAGGAUUACUAUAAUCCAAGGGAGUCUGAACCAAAUUCUUGGGAAGAUACAAUGAAAGAUGAACUGGAUCGUAAAAAGUAUCCUCGAAUGCCUUGGCAUGAUGUCCACUGUGCCCUAUGGGGACCGCCAUGUCGUGAUGUAGCUAGGCACUUUGUUCAGCGUUGGAACUAUGCAAAGAGAAAUAAGGCCCCUUAUGAGGAAGCCAUUCCACUACUUAUGCCGCAGCAUCACAUGGUUAUUCCACACUAUAGGGGAAGCAGCAAGGACCUGGAGGUUGAAACUAAGAAUGGUGAAGAUGAUAGUAAAGGAAUUAAAAGGGAGGACUCUUUUUCCUCUAGAUCAUCUUUACAAGAUAUCCCUCUGCUAUUGCCUCAAGAAGCAGAGGGGACUGAUGGCUCUGGUAGAGGCCCAAAAUUGAAUGGGUUGGACUCUACCCCAGGCAGAAGUCGCUCUUAUGCUUUCCGCAAAUCGAAAUUUGAGGCUGUUGUUCCAGAUACGCCAAUGAAAGGUUUCGUAGAUGAUCAUAAUAUCUUGGAUCUUCAUGUGAAAAUAUCUCCUGACAUAUUGCCACAGUCUGGCACUAAAACUUCACAUUUAGAGUGGUGGGAGACCCAAGAGCGGGGAGAUCAGGUUGGUUUUGGAGAUGAAACUGGGCAAGUUGGUCCACGUACUUCUUGUCGUUGUCAGGUUAUAAGGAGUGUGAGCCAGUGGUCUGCUGGAACAAGUCAAGUUGAAGAGAGCAUACAUUGUGCUUAUCGUUCUCUCAUUGAGAAAGCAGAGCAUUUCAUAUAUAUUGAGAAUCAAUUUUUUAUAUCAGGUCUUUCAGGAGAUGAAAUUAUACGGAAUCGUGUGUUAGAAUCCUUGUAUCGACGAAUUAUGCGAGCACACAAUGAGAAGAAGUGUUUUAGGGUUAUUAUUGUUAUACCUCUGAUUCCUGGCUUCCAGGGAGGUUUAGAUGAUAGUGGAGCUGCAUCUGUGAGAGCAAUAAUGCAUUGGCAAUAUCGAACCAUUUGCAGAGGACAAAAUUCGAUAUUCCAUAACCUUUAUGAUGUUCUGGGUCCAAAAACACAUGAUUAUAUUUCUUUCUAUGGUCUUAGAGCUUAUGGGAAACUUUUUGAUGGUGGUCCAGUCGCCACCAGUCAGGUGUAUGUGCAUAGUAAAAUUAUGAUAAUUGAUGACUGUGCAACGCUAAUUGGAUCAGCUAAUAUUAAUGAUAGGAGUCUGCUUGGUUCGCGAGAUUCUGAGAUUGCUGUACUUAUUGAAGACAAAGAGAUGGUUGACUCAUUUAUGGGAGGGAGACACUGGAAAGCUGGAAAAUUCUCUUUGAGUCUUCGCCUUUCAUUGUGGUCUGAACAUCUUGGUCUCAAUGCCAAAGAGAUGAAGCAAAUAAUAGAUCCAGUAAUUGAUUCAACAUACAAAGACAUUUGGAUCGCAACUGCAAAGACAAAUACCACCAUCUACCAGGAUGUAUUUUCUUGCAUUCCCAAUGAUCUUAUGCAUUCCAGAGCUGCACUUAGACAAAACAUGGCCUUUUGGAAGGAAAGGCUUGGCCACACCACUAUUGAUUUAGGAAUAGCCCCUGAAAAGCUUGAAUCAUACGAAAAUGGAGACAUAAAAAAACAUGAUCCCAUGGAGAGAUUGCAGGCAGUGCGUGGGCAUCUUGUUUCUUUCCCGUUAGAUUUCAUGUGCAGGGAGGAUCUAAGACCUGUAUUUAAUGAGAGUGAAUAUUAUGCAUCUCAAGUGUUCUAUUAGUUGAAGGUCAUCUCAAUUAUUGAGCAGCAGCUCGGUGCCCUUCCUGGUAGGCAAUGCUGUCAUGGGAGUCCGCCAUCUGGGGGUGACCAAUGCAUCUUGACCUCAGUCUUAUACAAAAUCUACACUGGUUUUCUGCUUUUAAAUUUCUUUAAUCAAACAAGUUACACGUAGAUAGAAAGAGAAAUUGGAAACAACGGGAUAGAGGCUCUAUUUUAUCAUCGCCUCUCAGGAAUUGUAACAUGAACGCCCUUUACCAGAUUCAAAAAUGUAUCUUUUUUUUAGUAAUAAUGGACACACCAGCGGCUCACAGGAUCA